UUCUUGUUUUCCAUGAGUUAUUUAUUUUUUGUUCAUGAAAGAGUGGGAGGGCUUUAUAGCACCAUUUUAUAUCAGCCUGUCCUGAUUCGGAUAGUUUGGAGCCCUUUGGCCUUCCAUAUCUCAGAGUUUGGAGGGUGGUUAGUCCGCACCCUGCACAGGCCACUUCAUCCCCAUUGUUAUGAUCUUCUGUGGUAUAAAUGCGGACUAAACCGUGUUCAUCAAGGCAAACCGGGGCAUUACUUUAAAAAAAACUAAAACAAAAAAACUAAAGAUAAUUGGAAAUCUUUCUUGUUGGUUAGCAAACUUGCUUGUUGACUACGGGCUUUCGUCAGUUUUUAUUUGGCAGCUGCUCUCACAACUUCACACGCUCUCCAAUAUCCAGAAACAGCGGUGCAUAAAAAGCGCGUUUCAUUCCCAAGGACACAAGAAUGGAAGCAGGGCGUCGGAGGAACUGAGGUCUUUAGCCCUACACGCACGUGAUCUUUAGUUCUGGAUCAUCAUGGAAGUGAUUUGAAGCGCGCGCGCACGCGUGUGUGUGUGUGUGUGUGUGUGUCUGUGUGUGUUAUGAGUGAACAGUCAGCAGUGUGAUGAUAGGAGACGCGAUGACGCUGCUGUCUCUUCUGGGUCGCAUCAUGCGUUAUUUCUUGCUCCGGCCAGAGACCUUGUUCCUGCUGUGCAUCAGUCUGGCCCUAUGGAGCUACUUCUUCCACACGGACGAGGUGAAGACCAUCGUCAGGUCCAGCCGGGACGCCGUCAAGAUGGUCAAGGGCAAAGUGGCCGAGAUGAUGAUGAUGCAGGACGUGAACGGCGGCGGCCUGCACGUGGUGGACGGAGAGUUCUCCAAGACGUGGGGCUUCAAGAGCCACAAUGUGGCCGUGUACUCCAUCCAGGGCCGCAGAGACCACAUGGAGGACCGCUUCGAGGUGCUCACAGACCUCACUAACAGGAGCCACCCGUCCAUAUUUGCCAUUUUUGACGGCCACGGUGGCGAGGCGGCUGCUGACUACGUGAAGGCUCACCUGCCCGAGGCUCUGAGGCAACACCUGCAGGCUUAUGAGCGCGAGAAGAAGGACAGCCCAAUCUCGUACGCCUCCAUCCUGGAGCAGCGCAUCCUCGCUGUAGACCGAGACAUGGUGGAGAAGUUCUCAGCAUCACAUGAGGAAGCGGGUACUACGUGUUUGGUGGCUUUGCUGUCUGAUCGAGAGUUGACGGUGGCGAACGUGGGUGACUCACGCGGCGUGUUGUGCGAUAAGGAUGGUAACGCUGUGGCUUUAUCUCAUGACCACAAGCCCUAUCAGCUGAAAGAGCGCAAGAGGAUCAAACGUGCAGGGGGCUUCAUCAGUUUCAACGGCUCGUGGCGAGUGCAGGGCAUCCUGGCCAUGUCGCGCUCGCUGGGCGACUACCCGCUGAAGAACCUCAAUGUGGUGGUGCCAGACCCUGAUGUGGUGACCUUUGACCUUGACAAACUACAGCCUGAGUUCAUGAUCCUGGCCUCGGAUGGCCUGUGGGACGCGUUCAGCAACGAGGAGGCCGUGCGUUUCGUCCGUGAACGCCUCGACGAGCCGCACUUCGGAGCCAAGAGCAUCGUGUUACAGUCAUUCUACCGCGGCUGCCCCGAUAACAUCACUGUCAUGGUGGUGAAGUUCAAAAGCACCAAGAAUGGAGAAUAGUGCUUUUAUUUUUCCUGUAGAACUUUUCUAUGCGAAUAGGAAUACAUACUUCCCAAGAAUAUGAUCAAUAUUGUUUUUCCUGUGUGCCAAAUGGACGACCUUUUAAACAUUUCCAUAAGUUAACCCGACUGACUUUUAUGUGAAGGAGCAGUGUCAAUGAACUGGCAAGUGACCAUGCAUCUAUUUUUUUAUUUAAUAUAAAAAUAUCAAAUUCUGCCUGAACAUAUGAUAUGGGUCUUGAUUAAAUUACAUGGAUGCUGCUUGUGAUCUGCUAACCAAUGUGCUUGGGUUAAAACCAAUCCUGGUGAUUAAAAUGUAAUAAAGACAAUAACUGGUUUUCCUAUUUAUUGGCAGAAACUGGUUUUUGGCCAUAUUUAAUCAUUUUAUACAGUCUGAUUCAAUCCCAAGCUUCUGUAUGACUGCAUAUUAAAUAGAAUUAAAGCAGGCAUAAUUUUCUGAGAGUGAAAUAAGAAAUUGUGUAAUAAUAAAUUGUGUAAUAAUCUCAUAAUCAGAAAUAUUAUAUAAGCAUACCCUGUUUUUGAAGAUGCAACAAUACAGCUGGCCAUCCUUUUUAACGAUUUAGUUUACAAGCUUUCAGAAAACACACAUUUUGAUGAUUUUUGAUGGUAGAAUGUACACGUUAAAAUGUAUUGAUCACUUGUAUGAAGUUAACAUAAAGUAUUAUAGCAUAAUAACAGUCAGCUACAACAAUUCAGCUAUCACCAUAGCGUGAAUCUGUCCAUGGACAAGUAUAUAUCCGGACAAAACUGCAUACUUCCAGGAAACCG